GCUAUAGCUAGAGAGAAAGCUUUAGCUCAGCUUAGCGCCCAUGGCGGGAGUGGUACGUCGAGUGGAGGAAGAAGAGGAGUUCGACGAGGGAGAAGUGUGGGAAGUGCUGCAUCACGAUCAGAGCAACGAAGCGGCGGCGGCGGCGCUCGCCGGCAGGACGACGAAGGGCGCCAGGAAUAACAGGCAGCACGAGGAAGGCGGCGGCGGGGCGGCAGCUGCGAGGAGGAGCAAGGGGAGGUCGUCGGCGCCGGUUGCCAUCCCGGCGGCUGCUGCCGGCUCCUCGUCGUCGUCGUCGUUGUCGUCAAGGCGCGGCGGUGGCGGUGGCGAGGAAGACGAGGAGGAGGAGGAGGAGAUGAUGAUGAUGCUGCCGCCGCACGAGUGGCUGGCGAGGAAGAUGGAGCGGAUGAACGCGGCGGCGCCGGCGCCGGAGAUCGGCGGGGGGAGGAGCAAGGGGAGGGAGAUGAGGAAGGUCAGGGACGCCGUCCUCCCCAAGACCGCCUUCUCAUCGGAGCAGUAG